CCGAUUGCAGCUUUCUCCCCUGCUCCCUGACUCGAGCUCGACCUAUCGAUCCUUGCUCGUAUCGUAAUGUCAUGCAACUUGUAAGACCAUAGUACCAUAGUACAGCUUCACAUCAAGGAACGACACAUCUCCUGCCUCGUGACAAUAUACUCGGAUUCGGGCUACAUGCUUCAACCCAGCAACUCCACCUUAUAAUAGUUGACCUGUGGAACCGAAUACCGAUCUCGAUCGCCCCGACACGAUCCGUAUAAGUACUAGGAUACCGUCAUAAUACAUAGUGAAUAAUUCUAAGGACGAUGGGGAAUGUGGGCAAUUACAUCUAUUCCGGUUUCAUCCCGCUCGUCAAGACGGCCAUGACCAUCCUCGCCGGAUUCACACUCACGAAAAAAGGACUCUUCCCCCCCGCCGCAUCGAGGGGAGCGAGUCAUUUGUCCAUGACGAUCGGCCUCCCCUGCCUCCUCUUCGCAUCCGUCGUCCCAGCGUUUAACAGCGACAACAUCAAAUUCCUAGGCCCGCUCUGUUUGAGCGCGAUCGUCUACCAGUUUUCCGGGUUGAUCCUAGGACUGAUCAUCCGGGAGUUGUUCUACGUACCGGCGGAUUUUAGGUAUGGCAUCAUCAUCGCCUCGACGUUUAGCAACUGGGGAAACCUACCGACCGCCGUCGUACAGACGAUCGCCACGCAAGACCCGUUUGACCCUAAGAGGGAUCCGACGUUAGGUGUGGCUUACGUGAGCGUGUUCAUGUUGAUCUACUCGCUCUCGUUCUUCGGCCUGGGGACGUGCAAGAUCUGCGCAUGGGAUUUCCGACCGAGGCCGGAGGGCGAGAUCAACGUCAGCCGGCGCGUCAAGUGGGCAGAGAGACGGGCUGCUCUUGCAGGGAUUUGGAGGGGGAUGAGGGAGACGCAUCAUCGGCCGGGUUGGGGUGGCAAGAGCAAGAGGGACGUGGACUCCAAUCAGAAGGCCGGUAUGGAACCGGAACAAGAGUAUGAGCCGGAUAUGGAUAUCGAGAAGAAGGGGGUGGAUUCGGACGUCGAAAAAGGAUAUCUCGGGACGACAAUGACAACGACAACGACGGGAAACGCUAUCGAGCCUACUCUUUCCAGGUACAGGUCUCACCAAGAGAUCAUCGCCGAGGCUUACCACGAUGGGAUCUCGCUGGCCCCCGUGCGGUCAACCGUAUCGCAUACGACGGGGAACGGGCCUCGGAAUCGGCUCGGUGGGGAGAUCAACCAGAAGGACAGGGAAAAGGACGUCAUCGAGGAAGAAAGGGAGAAACGACAGCUUGACGCGGUGGUCUACGAUAAUACCCCCGAGCCGCACCGUCACCCUCACAAGAAGGAAGACGAAGGGGACGACGAUGAACAAGACUCGGUAACCACCCCUCGAAUACCUCUCUGGCGACGCAUCCUCACCGGCGUCAUCGGCAUCCUCAACCCAGUCAGCAUCUCCCUCUUCUUCGCCCUCCCCAUCGCCCUGAUCUCCCCUCUCAAAGCGCUCUUCGUCGUCGUCGACAACUGGACGGGCACGAGGAUACCCAACGGACCGGAUGGGAAACCUCCUCUGGCGUUCGUACUGGACACGGCGGCUUUUAUCGGGGCGAUAUGUAUUCCCGUCGGGUUGAUGUUGUUGGGAGCGAGUUUCGCUAGGUUGAAGGUGCCCAGGAGUUGGGGGACUUUGCCGAUCGCGGCGAUCAUGGCGUUGAUGGUGUCCAAGAUGAUCAUCGUCCCUUGCAUCGGCGUAGGGAUGACACAGGGUCUAUCACAACAUACGAAUCUAUACCCGCCGGAUCAGAAGAUCCUCAAGUUCGUGGCCAUGUUGCUCUCUGGCACUCCGGCUGCGGUAAACCAGCUCGUCAUCACGCAAAUCUACUCGCCAGACGGAUCAGCGGAUACGCUCAGCAUGUUCCUGAUCGUGCAAUACGUAUUCAUGUUGGUCGCCUCGGCUGCGCUGGCGGCUGUCGGGUUGGCUUUCGUCAACUAGGACUAGAAGAUUGGAAUUAGGACUAGGAAAAACAGGGACUAGGGAUUUUCUGUGAAGGAGGUCAAGGAGAUCAAGAUCAUGGACAGGUGAUAUACUGAUAUUGUAUUGUUUCGAUUCGGAAUUGUAUCAGUAGUAAGGUUGUGUGGCCUCAACUAGCGAUUAGUUGAUCAGUCAGCUCUUGGAACAGUCGAGAUCGUUGUAGUAUUAUGGGUAGGUCUGACUCAAACACAUGCGAAAAGACACAUUGGACGCUGGC